CCCAAUUGGUAGAUGAAAAUCCCACUGACCAAGCCAGUUAUGAGAAAUGGGUAGAAAAGUUUGAAAAUUUGUUUGCCAAAGACACUAUUGAAAUUAUAAGUAGGGGUGGUAGCGGACCUUCUGAACCCGAGGAGGCGGCCAAGUUUAUGGCUUCGGUCUUUUGGCCGAGUAGAUUUCUGGACCUCAAAAAACAAAAAAAACCAACCCAAACACCGCCACCAACCGGCAAAAAACCUGAUGAUGCCAAAAUUGAUGCGGCACGGGAUGAAAUAGUGGGAGCAUCAACCGGAGGAAAUGAUAUGAAAGCAUUGUUGAAAAAGAUAUUUGACGAUAACCGAGCGGAAUUAAAAAAGAACGAUGAGGCAGUUUUAGCCAAUUUGAAAGAAUUAGCCAAAAUAAUUGAUAGGGCUUAUAAAAAUGGGGCCGAAGUCAGACCGAGUGAAUUAAGGGCUUAUUCGGGAGGUGAUGCCAAUCAAAAAAAGGCUUGGGAAUUGGCGAACAAG